AGAAGAAACGCGCUCACCCAGCAAGAAGUCGAAGAGGUUGGAAGGCCUCGCGGACGGCCACCUCGAGGCCACGCUACAGCUGUCUAUCCUAUGGAUACGACUGCCGAGAGCCCGGCGUUCUGUCGCGGCGACGUCACUGUGGAGCGCUGCGUCCGGCAUGAGUGGGUCUCUGUCUCUGGCUAGCGGUGCGUCAUCGUCCUCGUCGAGCGGGUCUGUGCGUCUAUCGACGGGUGCGGCGGCCGAGUAGGCAACAUCAAGCUGUCCGUGGGCAGUGGCGAUACGGCUAAGGGCGGCGGCGCGUGCUGGUUUGAAUACGACGAGCACCGCUGCGGGCGGCGUGGGUGGCGACGUGGGCGUGUCCAGCGGCGCGAGCAAUAGCUUCACGAGCUGAUGCACACUCCGGAUGGCGGCGUUGGCGCAAACAGCACGGCCGCUUCGUCGGGCCUGAUCAAACUGACGACGGGCUGGGCUCGGCGGGCGACUUGUGGCAACGGCGGAUCCGUCUUGCUCAGCGUAGACACGGGCUGCAGCGGUGCUGGCGAGGCUAUCUCGCUGCGGUUUGGCGACACACAGGCUGGAACAGGAGCGACUCUUGCAGUGCAGGUGACGUGUCUGACUGCGGGGGCGAAAGUGGCCCUGCCGUCUUCGGUUUGAGUGCUGACGAGCAGCAGCA